AUGGAGGGAGCGGUAAAGAUAAGUGAUCUUCUCCAUGCUCUUAAAGGUGUAGGGAAUACAUCAACCUCACUAACGAGAGCGCUCGGAAAUGCAGCGGCGAAUAAAAAGAACAGUUCAUAUUAUGAUAUUAUGGAGCAACAACAGAACACUCGUGGCCGUGGAGAAACAGUUGGACUGAUUCUUGCGUUCGGAAUUAUAAUCAUUGUGUCUUUAUUUGGAAAUGUUCUCGUGUGUCACGUGAUCAUUAAAAAUAGGCGAAUGCGGACGGUGACGAACCUUUUCAUCACUAAUCUCGCAAUAGCGGAUAUUGUCAUCACAACUGUAAAUAUUCCAUUUAACAUUGCCCGCUUUGCCUCCCAUGAAUGGCCAUUCGGCACUGUGAUGUGCCAUUUAGUAAACUUCAGUUUGAUGGUCUCUGUGUAUGUGUCCACGUUCACGUUAGCCAGUAUAGCCCUGGACCGACAUCGGGUGAUAAUUCACCCACUAAAAAGACGUAUCUCUACGAAACAGGGGACGAUCGUGGUGGCGAUCGUGUGGAUGUUAGCCAUCGCACUUUCAUUGCCAUAUGCGAUAUUCUCAAAGGUUCAACAGAGGAGCACGUUGCUCCAUAAGGUUGACAGGUGUAUAGAGGCCUAUCCGAAUCCAACUGAUAAAUACGCAAAGGGAAUUAAAUUAGCGACGAUCCUGGCUCAAUAUUGCAUCCCUCUUGCGAUCAUUUCCGUAUCGUAUGGACGUAUCGUGAAACUCCUUUGGUUGCGCGGACCGUUGGGAGAGGCUACCGAUGGACAGCAGACGGCUCAAGCUAAAGGCAAAAGAAAGACAAUCAAAAUGUUGAUAUUGGUCGUUGUAGUGUUCGCUCUUUGUUGGAUGCCUCUGAAUCUUUAUCAUUUACUCACGGAUCUUCGUCCAGAGUUAUUCCGCCAUAAUAGCAUCGCAUUCUUCGUCUGUUACUGGAUCGCCCUCAGCAGUGUCUGCUACAAUCCAUUUAUCUAUUGUUGGCUGAAUGAGCACUUUAGAAACGAGGUGAAAAAGGUGUUUCCUUUGUGCUGCACAGUACGACCAAAUAGUCGAGACAAUAGCAGAUACAGGCCGUGCGACACCAAAGGCCAACACCAUGGUAAACAAUAUAUGUUAGUCAUAAAAAGAGAUGGGUCCACAUCUUCAUUUGUGUUAAAGGACACUGAUAUCAAAAGCACACGAUCUACCGAGCCUUAUUGUGGCUUCAAAAUAGAUAACGUUGACAGUCCAUUUUUACUGCCAAGUGCAGGUAGUACACCGCGCUCAUCACCCUUGCGGUCGGUAAAAAACACAAAGUGCAUGGAGGCCGUGCAUUAUUUGAAUAAAUAAAAAUGCCAUAUGGGAUCUAAUAACGAUUUGUAUAAAUUGGAACAAAAAAUAUCUUCCCCCGGAUAUUAUAGUCUAUGAUAUAUAUACAUAGGUUUAUUUAUUUCAAAAUAUUUCGAAAUUGAAAAGAUAAUAUAAUGCGGUUAAGAUACCCGUUCUUUAAAAAAAACAAGUACGUGAACGCGUAUAAUUAUAGUCCUAUAGUAUAGUUCUCCCAUUUGUACUGUUUACUUGGCCGAUUGAGUAUAACGGUACUUUGUAUACGGAAAAUAAUAGUAUAAAGUGGUCCUUGGAAAAGCGAUUUGAGAGCGGGACAGUAAUCCCCUGAUCGAAAUAUUACACGCUCACGUACAGGUUCUCAUAAAAACGUGUAACUUAACCACUACGUGAAAUUCACAGAGAUGUGUGAACCCCUGUUGGAAUUGGAUACAAGUAACCAAGAUCAACAAACAUAUCUAGAUCGAUGAUCCUUUGUUAAUUAGAUAUAGACUCCGAGGUGAUUUAUAAAAUUAGUUUAUUUCCG